UCUUCCUGGUUGAUACUCUAUAUACUUGUUGUCAAGAUGUUUAAAAUACGGAUAUAUAUUGUUUUUGAAAUGUUAGUUUUCGCCAAAGCCAACGAAGUGUUACAGGUUACUUUAUGUGAAAAUUAUGGACAAAGAAACGAAAGCGUUACCUGUCCGGAAAACAGAACAAUAAGUUUGAAGUCGAUAGUCUACGGUGAAUCAAGGUGUAAAGAUUCCGAUAACAACCUUGUAUGUCACUCAACUCUAAAUGCUUACUUCGAGAACCAUUGUGCUGGACUAAACAAUUGCACUCUUCCAAACGACAUUUUGUCCAAUAAUAGUUGCCAGAAACCUUCAAGACAUUUAAAAGUAACCUUUGAGUGUUAUAGAGACCACUGGUUAGCUUUUUGGCGUCGGGAUAAACGGUAUACUAUUGAUACCUGUUCGAAAACUUUAUUGAAAGUAAAGUGUCCUUCAAAAUACCACAUGCAUAUUAAAUAUGUCGAGUCAUUUCGUGGGGAAACUGAUUGUCAUAAUAAGGAUACUAGCUGUGCAAAAGGUAUUCUUAAUGGACUAUGCAAUGAUAAACAAAAGUGUUUGCCGGAUACUACGAAAACCUCCUGCCUAGUUCACGAAAGAUUCGCUAGUAUUUACUUCGUAUGCAAAGGACAAAUGGAUCCACUAGUUACAGAGACCUUAACAAGCUCAUCAUCAGUUGAAACAACUACUAUCGAUGCUGCAAGUGCUACUACUAAAACCUCAGAUGACAACCUGCCUGUAUUUAGAACUGAUUUUGAUCACCGGGUAGAAAUAUAUUACCCUUCGCGCAAUCUAACACUGUCCCUUUGUAGUGUUGGGUGGGAUGAUUUUGCUGCUGAGGUACUCUGUAAAUCCUUGAACAGAACUUGGAUAGGUAAUGCUUCAUCCGUUGACAAAUUGUUAGAUAUACAAACUCUUCCGUAUUCCCUGCAUUGUAGUGGACUUGAAUCUAGUUUGUCAGCAUGCAACUUUACAGAGGAUGACAACGGUUGUAAUACAACUACAGUAGCUGGUGCCACAUGCUGUCAAGGUACCGGCAUUCCGGGGGAAUGUGUUCUGAAUCCUUCUUCUAAGAAACUGGCCUCAGUAAAAUCUGGAUUUCAAACCAUUGCAGUUGCUGUAGGGGUACCGGCUAGUAUAAUUGGUAUGGUCUGCAUUAUCGUUGCCAUCGUGCUCAUAAGACGAAGAUGUACACGUGAAAAUUCGGAUAAAAAAUUCUCAAACUUCAUGAGUAAUGCAACAGAUGAGAACUACUUAGGUCAGCAAGAUAUAGCACUCCCUCAGUAUCCAACCAACAACAAGGUAUUGUACAGCCAGGUUCAGAAGCGCGACACAGACACGACAAAGAACGAAGACGGACAGGAUUGUAGUCAUCCAUCCAAAGACAUAGAAUCCCCGUAUGCCCUAUCUGAAGAAGGGGUAUAUGACAAGACAGAUGAUAGAAGGCAUAUUGUUAAUGAUACAGACAUGUAUAGCCGAACUGUCGAUACAGUGUAUGAUUCUGCUGAACAACACAUUAAAGAAGAGAGAAAAGAGGAAACCUAUGAUCAUUUUUUCGGUGAGAAAACGGAAGAUAAUUAUGAUCAAACGACAAAAACAUAAAUUGAAAUACUUAGAACUGCGAUAUUUCAAGAAUCUCUUCCGCCAAUCAUUGCGUUUAUAUACAGUGCAAAAGAUCCAAAAUAUGAAAGUAGUGGCAGUAGAAGGGUUAAAUACAUAAACUUGUCUGUCGGGUAUAGACAAAAAAUAGUGACCAAAAAUAUGACUCGGAAGAAAAUUUAAACAAUGCGUUAAAUGGAUUGUACAUUUUAGCUUUUAGAAGCGGUUGGUGCAUGUAUACAUUUGUAGAUAGUUAUUUUAUUGUCAGUUCGUCUUUCCAAUGUUUGUGUCGGUUGCUUUUACUGUUUUGUCUAUCUUUAUACAUAUCCAUUUGACGUGGCUCGGUAUUUAUACAUCCCGUCAUUAGGCUAUGGUAAAUUUUGGUAUUUUUGUCUUUCAUUUUUGCUAUUGCGCUUUGUUAAUAUGCCUUUUUAUUUAUCUUUCUUUACACAUUUGCUUGCUUUUAUAGUGAUUAAGAUUAUAACGAAAUUUUGACUGUUUUAUCCCUGUUUUUGACAUUUUUACCUAAUAUGUCUGUUUGUUUUGUUCAAUAUAAUGGUCAGGAAUAUUAUGCGACUGCCUUACAAGUGAGAGGUUUGGCUUACUAAAAUGUAUAAAACCAGGUUAAAUCCACCACCGUUUUCUAAAUAACUUUGACUGUUGUUAUUCAUUCGUUUGAUGUGUUGGGGCUUUUCAAUUUGACAUUUGCUUAUGGACUUUCCGUCUAGCUUUUUCCUCGGAGUGCAGUAAAUUUGUAACUUUACUUUUGAAUCAAUAGAUAAAUUGUGACACAGAAACCUAAUCACAUCAUGUACAUUUUGGCUUUUAUUUCAUUUUUACAUCCAAAUGAUUGUUGAUGUAUAAUAUGGCUUUACGCUGGCUUUGUCAUAUUUGGCCAUUAGAGUAAUUACUUGAUAUGCCGUUCUUAUUCACUCUUCUACCAAAUUCAAUGAAUCUGCUUAUUCACCAUUUCAAGAAAUUGCGUACCAGUCUCCUUGGUUACCUUUAACUGGAUCCUAUAUGAGGGUUUUGCCUUCUCAAAUCACUGACUUAAGGGGGGGUUGGUAAACUGGCAUGAACAACUGCUUUCCUUGUAGAUCUCUUGUUUCGGGAAAUCACGUGUAUAUUACUUUUCGUUCAGUAUCGAUGAUAAUUAUAAAACGAUUUCUGUGUUGUCACUUAAUGCACUAAUUGUGGUUGAUAUUAUUUAAUAUU